AUGUUCGACCAAGUGUCGCCGGAAAAAGUGAUAAAUUUCACGCGUGUUUGCGUAGCUCUAAGUUUCUGCUGGCCGCUUCCCACGACAGCCACGAGAUCCGAGCUCCGUCGAUUUAAAUUCGUGAGAAGUAUACUCGCCCUGAACGCGAUCGCGCUUAUGUCGGCCCUGUUGUACUCGUUGUACGGAUACUACGAUGAUCCCGCUAACUUCGCACAGGCGGCUUGCCUCAUGACAGCGAUCACCCACGCUCUCAUGCAGAUAUGUUUUGGAAUCACGCAAUACGAACAUUUACAGUGGUUGAUCGAAGAGAUAACAGCGUACUGCGAGGAAGCAAAAACUAACGAGAGACAAAUCCUCCAACGUUACGUAGACAGAUAUUCCAUGUUUUACGGUAUAUCCGCGAUCUGGUUCUACCUGACAGCGGUCAUGGUCGUCGUAGGAACAUUGUUUAUAUCCCAGCCUUUUCCGACGAAAGCCGAAUACCCGUUUCCUGUCGAUUAUGAGCCCGUGAGAUCGAUAAUCUUCUUCAGUCAAGCACUCGCCGGGUUCCAAUGCGCCGCGCACAUUAGCUUCAACAUCUUCGUCGCAAUGUUGUUGUUUUUCGCGGUGGCUCGAUACGAGAUUUUGAUGAUGGAAUUGCAGAAUGUCACGCGUUUCGUAGAUUUGACGAACUGCCUCAGAAAGUAUUCCCAUGCGAAGGUUUACGCGCAAGAAGUGGCCAACUGUGCUUGGUAUGUCGUCGCAACCACUGUUUCCGUCAGUACAGUGGCACUUGUGGUGGGCGGUGUAAAUUUUUUUGGGCACCAACCGCUCACAGUUAAAUUGCAAUACGUCUGUAUCCUGGGGACCGGAUUGCUGGAGGUUUUCAUGUGUGCAUUGCCAGCCGAUCAUCUGCUGGACAUGAGCCAGAAGGCUCUUCAUAGCGUGUAUGAAGGAAGGUGGUACGAGCAAGACGUGAAAUUACAGAAAACGGUGCUGUACACGUUGACAUAUCGGAAUCCUGUUGCGGUCAGGAUUAAAUGUAUCGUGCCGGUCUUGUCUUUGAAAUUCUUCGGCUCGUUUGUGUCGAACGCGUUCUCUUUCUGUACUGCUCUGCGUGUGAUAAUGUCGGACGAAGACGGAGAGUUUCCCGGUGCAACAAUGUUCGAUCAAUUGUCGCCGGAAAAGGUGAUGAAGUUCACGCGUAUUUGCGUAGCUCUAAGUUUCUGCUGGCCGCUUCCCACGACAGCCACGAGAUCCGAGCAUCGUCGUUUUAAAUUCGUCAGAAGUAUUCUCGCCCUAAACGCGACCGUGCAUAUGUUGGCCCUGUUGUACUCGUUGUACUUAAACUACGGUGAUCGCGCUAACUCCGCACAGACGGCUUGCCUCGCCUCGACGGUCGGCCACGUUCUCAUGCAGAUAUGCUUUGGAAUCACGCAAUACGAACAGUUACAGUGGUUGAUCGAAGAGAUGAUAGCGUACUGCGAGAAAGCGAAAACUAACGAGAGGCAGGUCCUUCAAAGUUACAUAGACAGAUAUUCCAUGUUUUACUUCCUUGUCGCUAUCUGGUUCUACAUGACCGCGGUCAUGGUCUUCGUAGGAGCAUAUUUACUGAACCAGCCUUUCCCGACGAAGGCCGAAUACCCGUUUCCUGUCGAUCACCAGCCCGUGAAAUCCAUAAUCUUCUUGAUGCAAACAGUCAUCGCAUUCCAAUGCUCCGCGCACGUAUGCGUCAACGUAUUCGUCGGGAUGUUGUUGUUCUUCUCCGUGGCUCGAUACGAGAUUUUGAUGUUGGAAUUGCAGAAGGUCACGCGUUUCGUUGAUUUGACAAACUGCCUGAGAAAGUAUUCCCAUGCGAAGAUUUACGCGCAAGAAGUGGCCAACUGUGCUUGGUAUGUCGUCGCGACCACAGUUUCCAUGAGUGCUGCGGCACUUGUACUGAGCGGUUUAAAUUGUUUCGGGAACCAACCGCUUUCAGUUAAAGUGCAAUUCGUCGGUAUACUUGGGACAGUAUUGCUGGAGGUUUUCAUAAGUGCAUUGCCAGCCGAUCAUCUGCGGGACAUGAGCCUGAAGUCUCUUCAUAGCGUGUAUGAAGGAAGGUGGUUCGAGCAAGACGUGAAAUUACAGAAAACGGUACUGUACACGUUGACAUAUCAGAAUCCUGUUGAGAUCAGGAUCAAUUGUAUCGUGCCGAUCUUGUCUUUGAACUACUUCUGCUCGUUUGUCUCGAACGCGUUCUCUUUCUUUACUGCUCUGCGAGUCAUAAUGUCGGACGAAGACGGAGAGUUGUAA